UGCUUGCAUCGUUCGGCGAGGUGCUCCAGUGGGUGAAUCGCAGUCGAACUGUUGACAUCAACGCUACGUGAUCAGCUCGAAUCCCCCUCUCCUCUGGACAGCUGACGGAGACGAGUCCCACGGAACCCGUGGAGCUGUCGAGGCCGCUCACGGAGCAUUCAGUCCCCGCAGGAGAAGACGGGAGCCGCCUCCAGGAUCCGUGUUUACAUAACCCAGCUGUGGAAGUGGAGCAGGGAGCAGCCGGGUCCUCUUCACCGUGUCCCCCGGUCCACAGGAGCUGAUUCCGGAGAGAUCGGGACAGGUCGCGUCUCUGCGUCGUUAAUUGUUAAUUGGGUCGUUUUGCUCCAUUUUCACAUAACUAGUUAUACAACCAGCCAGACUCCAUCCGCACCGCGCGGUCCUAAAGCCCGCCGGGUCACCCUCCCUCCCUCUCCACUGGUCAGCAGCCUCCUGAGACCAAAUGGUUCAGCAGCCGUCAGAUUAUAACUUCUUCGACAUUAUGGAAAAGGUUCUGUUAGAGCAAGGUUAACUUAAGAGAAGCUCAUUAUUCAAAUCGCUAGAAACAGAGUGAAUUUAGCUCACAGGGACUUCUUCAUCGUUGGGGAUAGAAGAGGAGGGAGCCGAGCAGAUACAGAUUCUCAUCCUCGAAGGAGAUUCCAAACACAGGACUCAUCCAGUCGAGUAAUGGUGGUUAACACGAUCCACUGGUUCAGGAAGGGCUUGCGGCUGCACGACAACCCGGCCCUGAAGGAGUCGCUGCAGGGGGCGGAUUCCGUGCGAUGCAUCUACAUCCUCGACCCCUGGUUCGCCGGAUCCUCCAACGUCGGGAUCAACAGGUGGAGGUUCUUACUACAGAGUCUGGAGGACUUGGACUCCAGCCUUCGGAAGCUUAACUCCCGUCUGUUUGUGAUUCGGGGCCAACCCACCGAUGUCUUUCCCAGACUUUUCAAGGAGUGGAAGAUUUCUCGCCUGUCUUAUGAGUACGACUCUGAGCCCUUUGGGAAAGAGCGAGAUGCAGCGAUCAAGAAGCUGGCCUCUGAGGCCGGAGUGGAGGUGACAGUCCGAACCUCACACACACUCUACGACCUGGACAAGAUCAUAGAGUUGAACGGGGGUCAGUCCCCUCUGACCUACAAGCGGUUCCAGACCCUCAUCAGUCGUAUGGAGGCAGUGGAGGUGCCUGCGGAGUCCAUCACCGCUGACAUCAUGGGGAAGUGCGCCACGCCACUGUCCGACGACCAUGAUGACAAGUUCGGGGUCCCCUCCCUGGAGGAGCUGGGUUUCGACACGGAGGGUCUGUCCUCCGCUGUGUGGCCGGGCGGAGAGACUGAAGCCCUGACACGACUCGAGAGGCAUUUGGAGAGGAAGGCGUGGGUUGCCAACUUCGAGCGUCCCAGAAUGAACGCCAACUCGCUGCUGGCCAGCCCGACAGGCCUCAGCCCGUACCUGCGCUUUGGCUGCCUCUCCUGCCGCCUCUUCUACUUCAAACUCACCGACCUCUACAAGAAGGUGAAGAAGAACAGCUCCCCCCCCCUCUCGCUCUACGGUCAGCUGCUGUGGCGAGAGUUCUUCUACACGGCGGCCACCAACAACCCGUGCUUCGACAAGAUGGAGAGCAACCCCAUCUGUGUGCAGAUCCCCUGGGACCGCAACGCAGAGGCGCUGGCCAAGUGGGCGGAGGGCAGCACGGGCUUCCCCUGGAUCGACGCCAUCAUGACGCAGCUGAGGCAGGAGGGCUGGAUCCACCACCUGGCCCGGCACGCCGUGGCCUGUUUCCUGACCAGAGGAGACCUGUGGAUCAGCUGGGAGGAGGGCAUGAAGGUGUUCGAGGAGCUGCUGCUGGAUGCGGACUGGAGCGUGAACGCAGGAAGCUGGAUGUGGCUCAGCUGCAGCUCCUUCUUCCAGCAGUUCUUCCACUGCUACUGUCCUGUUGGGUUCGGGCGACGCACCGACCCCAACGGAGACUACAUACGGCGCUACCUGCCCAUUCUGCGAGGGUUUCCAGCCAAGUACAUCUAUGAUCCCUGGAACGCUCCGGAGAGUGUACAGAAGGCAGCCAAGUGCAUUAUCGGAGUCCACUACCCAAAGCCCAUGGUGCACCACGCAGAGGCCAGCCGCUUCAACAUCGAGCGCAUGAAGCAGAUCUACCAGCAGCUCUCCUGUUACCGGGGCCUCGGCCUUUUGGCGACAGUUCCCUCCAACUCCAAUGGUAACGGUAACAGUGCCGGUGAAGCCUCCUCAGAUGGGAUGGGAUUCCACGCUGAGGCCACUCAUGAUGCUGCACCUGCGUCUGGCUACCGGAUGCCGGCUCACUCCCAGGGAGACUGGCAGAGCGGCGUCAUGCUGUACCAGCAGGGGGAUCAGCAAACCAGCACACAUCAGCAGGGCUACUCAGGCACCAGCUCCAGUAUCAUGUGUUACACUCAAGGCAGCCAGCAGGUUCCUGCCCCUGUCAUCCAGAAAGGGCUUGAACACCACUCCAUCACUCUGACCAGCGGCAAACGCCACAACGAGGACUCUGGAAACGGCAAAAGCUCCAAACUCCAGAGGCAGAGCACUCACUAGAGAGAAAGUGUCUGCAGACGGAUGGCGAAUAAACAGCCAACACGGAGUGGACGCUUCAUUCUCGUGAAAGCACCACAACGUCACAUGAUCUCCCCUUCAGGAGGAAACGAGCCCGUCAUUAAAACUGAAUUCACGAGUCCCAGUGUCUCCAGUAAAUCGGACUGUAUAUUCUCAUCUGGCCGGUGCUGUCACCGGAGAGGCUGCUACACUGGGCUCGUCUUUUGGUUAAUAUUCCCGGGACAAAACAUCCUUGUGUAUAAUGACUUUGCUAAUUUCAGCUCACACACAACUUGUACAUAUUUUAAUUUUUGUAUGUGUGUUUUUCUCUCUUUGUGUACACCCCCCUUCCCGCCAUAGACCCACUGAUAUAUAUAUAUAUAUAUAUAUAUAUUUUUGAUAUGAGAAAUUAUUGGGGAUGGACUUUUCUUUUUGGAAUAUUUUCAAAAACAAAUUCAAGCAUUUAUAGAACGUCCAUUCCCCCCAAAAAACAAAAAACAAACGGUGAUAAAUCUUGUAUCUGUGCUAUAACAGCUGCUGGCUGUCGUUUACUCAACUUUCCCAAUUUUCAAACCAUCUGAAGUAUUUAUCCACAGAAGUGUCUCGAUCAUUUCCUCUGUGUCCGAGCUGGCUCAUCUUAUUCCUCACCACUGCAGAGGUGAUAUCAGUGCGACAGUAACUAUCAGCGUAUCCUCAUUGUCGGUGAUAUUUCAAGACAACACGACAGGAUUGAGGAGUCCUCAUAUCAAGGUCCCCCCCCCCCCC